AGCAACAACAAACCAAACAAACAGCAGACAUGAUUUUCUCUGUGUGUGUAACGUUGUGGGUCAUGUAACGUGGAUUUUAGACAGUACAGUGACUGCUGGCUGGCAGCUGUGCUCUAAACAGGAGUGUGCCAGAAAUGAGUUGCACUUCCCACUUCCUGGUUUCCCGCAGUGACUUCUACCAUGGCCGUUUUCUGCUUGUCUUGUCUCGACAGUCCUUGUUGCGCAGAGCGUUCAGCUCCGUGCCCCGGAUCAGCCGCAGCCUGCAGGAGAGCUACAGGCUGCUGCAACUGCCUAACGAGAGAGACAGCAGUCCUGCACAGGUGAAGGAGGCCUACCUGCGCCUGGCCAAACUCUACCACCCGGACUCUGGGGCUCCGACUGCAGAUGCAGCCCUUUUUGCUCGGGUUGAGGAGGCCUACCGCGCUGUGCUUGCACAUCAGAGCAAGACCAAGCGACCUGAUGAGGAGAAAGAACUGGAAGAUGAGUCCAGAGGCGUAGCACCUCAACAUAGACACUACCUCAGCUAUGAGGGUGUUGGUUCAGGCACACCCAGCCAGCGUGAGCGUCACUACAGGCAGUUUCGUGUUGAUCGGGCAUCAGAGCAGGUUUUGAACUAUAGACAGAGGGAGCACGAGAGGGCAGCCGCUGCAGAGGGGAUGCUGGUGGAACGAGACAUGCGUCAGCGGAGCAAAAAGAUCAAGAUCACCCAGGCUGUUGAAAGGUUGGUGGAGGACCUGAUCCAGGAGUCCAUGGCCCGUGGAGACUUCAGGAACCUGAGUGGAGCUGGAAAACCCCUCAACAAGUUUGAGCACAAUCCAUAUGCUGAUCCUAUGACCCACAACCUCAACCGCAUCCUCAUCGAUAACGGUUACCAACCACCCUGGGUCGUCACACAACGCGACAUCCGAGAGACUACUGCUCAGAUCAGAAAUAGGUUAUUGGAAGGGAGGGCCAGGCUGGGCGACCCCAUGACCCCAAAAGAGCGCAGCCAAUGGGAGCAGCUGUGUGCAUCCGUAGAGGAAGAGCUGGUGAAACUUAAUAAGAUGGUGGACAAUUACAACCUAAUCGUACCGAUGCUCAAGAUGCAAAUGGUUCACUUCAGUUCGUCCAGAGAGAUCGACCGCGCCGAGAAGGGAGCUCGUCAACACAGACUGGACCAGCAGAGGGAGAGAGAAAGGGAGAGAGAGAGGAGGAAGGAGGAGAAAAAAAGAGCCAACACAGUUGCUAAGCCUAUAAACACUAAACCAGGCCUGAUGUCUUGGAUGCGCAAUUUGCUCAGAUGAAAACACUAAAACUCUGAAUCUAAGUAAACAGAAAGAGUAUUUGAGAUCAGUGCUUUAUUUAUUAUGUUUCAGACAGACUUGCUCACCUGCUUAUUUGCCUAAAGUCCAUUACAAUGAUGCCACUCAAUAAACUGUACUGUUUGUUACUACUGA